AUGCUCAGCUCCACAGAACGGACUUUGGUGAAGGACAGGAAAAAAAAUACCAGCUAUCAAGAGAGAAAAAGCGAGCAUACCUCCUCCUCAUACCGGCAAUAUCUCAUUGCGCGCACAGCUUAUCUGCCCAUUCUCGACCUUACACAAAAUCGAGCAGCUCCUCCAUUCACCUUACAAAAUUUCCCGGUGGCGAAAGUCCUCGUUCCAUCAUCCUUCCAAACUCCUUCACCGGCUCAAUCCAGAAGCUCAAAGCUUAGCCGUGCCCUUUUCCUGCAUACUGUCUCUCGGCAAACAUCCCUAAAGCCAUCGCUCAAGUAGGAGCCAUCCAUUAUCCACACCCGCACUAUCAGGUCCCUCCAGCGAAGCAAAAGCUCAUCUAUUGAACUUCCCAUCGCAACCCCAACAGCACACACAAAAAUGAAUUGGACCUGCUGCCAAUGUGGCCGAAACUGCCAUUGCACUACAUGCGACUGCGGUCAUAGUCUCUGCUUGAGCUGUGUGUAUUCUCGCCGACCAAAGCCUAAAGCAUCGGGCACCCGCCGCUCACGAUUGGCCUCAAUUCUCCGGAGGUGAAGCUAAGGCUACCAUCACAACUUGACGACAACCGAUGUUUCAAUUGCCAAGGAUAAAAAUGGAGAGAAUUGGGCUAUUGUACAUACACAAGGGGUCGGAGGGACGCACAACACGAAGCUUACCGCUUGGUUUUCGUUUUCUUUGCAUAUUGGAGUUGGUCUGGGGAAGCUCUUUUGUUCAUUUCUCAGGACUUGGCUAUUUCGUUCCCCCUUUUUGUGUAUAUACCGAUCUGGCAGUCAAUUGAUUACCGAGCUCUCUAUUUCAGCGCUA